AUGGCAACUGUGAUAUUUAUAUUAGUGGUAGCAAUUGAUAUUUCCAUUGGAAUGUUCUUUCACGAACCAUCUUUUAUAGAAAUAAAACCAUCUGACGAAAUUGAUCAAAUGGCGUUUGGGUUUUCAAUGGGGUACCAACGAUCUCGUAAGCUUGUAAUUGGUGCACCACACAGUGACCUCAAUGGUAGAGUGUAUACGUGUUCCAUUGAAGAUAUUAUAAAGAACAACAGUGUUUGUCCACAAGCUGAAAUUGACGUAGAAAAGCUAGCCAAUGAGUUUACAAGAGAAAUGAACCCCAAUCAGCAUUAUUGUCUAGGCGCAUCCAUAGCUGCAACGUCGGAUUAUUUUUUGACGUGUGCUCCUCUAUGGAUGUCUUCUUAUAAAAAGACCAAACCUAAACAAUUUGAAGGAAUAGAGACGAGCUCGUAUGGCACUUGUUUCGUAUAUAAUGGCACAGCCCACCGAUACGAAGGAAUGUACGAGCAGUGCGUUAAACAUCGAAUAGAUAAUAGACAGGCUUUCUCUGGCGGAGUUGGUUGGACGACGUUAGUUGACGAAGUUAAUAAUUUAAUUCUCAUAGCCAAAUUAUUCCCGAAAGGGGACAUCGCAUAUAUUUCAAUAACAAAUCCCUUGGACCCUGCUCGUUCGAUAGUGCAAAAUAAGUUAGCUUAUUUUGCAAAGCUUACUGAUUAUGCACAGACCGUCGGAUACACACUCGCGUCUGGAACGUUUUCUGUAUCAGGAGUCAAUAAAACUAUUUACGCAUACAGCAUAGGAUACUAUGAUAUGACUAGUUCUAUAUCAUUCCUUGAGUAUUAUAAACCGAGGAAUUUAUUAAGAAAUCUAAAAACGGAUAUCAAAUAUGAAUCGAUCAAUACAAUGUUUGGAGCAGCAAUGCUUGGUGUAGAUUUGAACCUUGACGGUUAUUCAGAGUUGAUCGUGGGUGUACCCGCGCAAGGUGGUGAUGGCGUAGAAGCUUACGAGAUCGGCGCUUUAGACAUUUAUACUGGAGGCAAUUUGAACACUAUUGGCGACAUCAAUAGAAGGCGUUCAAUCCUCGGAUAUAACGUUGGCUCCAGGUUUGGCAGCGCAAUUGCUUCCACAGAUGUGGACGGAGACGGUUUUCCAGAAAUAAUUGUAAGUGCACCGUAUGAAGACAAUGGAUUGGGAGCUGUGUAUAUAAUUUCGGGGUUUGAGUUAAAUAAGAUGCUCCUCAGAGAUGAGUUCUUCAAAUCGAUCUCUCUUUCACAACUCAUUUUAACGCAAAGAAUCCAGAACACACUUUUCAAAUCUUUUGGAUUUAGUCUUCAAGUAAUUGAUGAUAUGGAUGAAAAUGGAAGAGAUGAAUUAGCAGUGGGUUGUCCAGAAAGUGCACGUGUCAUUUUGUAUCGUGGCAUAUCUACAGUUAAAGUGACUGUAUCUGCUCAGCUUGUCGGCGAACAGGUGGUGCGAAUAAAGCACAACAAUUUUACGGUUCGCGUUACUGUUGAUAUCACUUACCCGAAGAAGCCAAAAAAGAUUAUUGGAAAGCUUAAAGUAAUAAAUACGAUUAUUGGAAAUGGAUUACAAAUAAGAAAAGGUCAAGAUAUACAUGUCAUUGAUUUGUCGCAUAAGGAAGCAAAGAGCGAAAUUGACGUCAUUGUUGAUAUAGAUGAUAAUGAACCUGGUUCUUAUAAGUUUACAACACGUGUUGAAUUGGCCACCGAAGACGCACUCAUAAAUAAAGAUUUUAAUCCAUCGUGGGUGACUUUGAGUCCACACAGUGAAACCAGAUCGGCAUCAUUGACUAUUGAACGUCGUUGUUCAGGAGAAAGUUGCUUGCCACAACUGAACAUGACACUGGAAUGGUCGCGAAGUAAACCUUAUCAGUUGGGUUCUACAAAAUCAGAGACGGUGAUCAUCCGUGUAAAAAAUCAUGGCAACAAUUCAUACGCGCAAGCUUGCGCAUAUGUGAAAAUCAGCGGUGCGCAAGUGGGACGGGUCGAUUGCGCUGAAACAGUCGGCCGGUACAAAUGCUUCCUACCGGUACCCAUAAGGAGAGAUGCCGAGCAUUUAAUAGAAAUACUACUUGAUAUGAGCAAACCAACAAACAAGGAUCAGAAGUUAACUGUCGACGUUGAAUUUUAUAACAGCAGUUGCUCACUGCAAUCGAAUUUUACAAGAUUUAGACUUGAAGUACCAUUUGAACUAGAAACUGAAGCCGUCGCAGUGAAUGGUUCAUCACAUGAUCGAAUCAUUACGGAUAGCGAGGUACUAGACAUGAAUAUAAAGACAGUUGAAGAUGCGCAAGAGUAUAUGAUCGAGAACAACGGUGCGUCAUUGUGGAAAAAUGUCUAUGCUGUAGUUACGUGGCAACAUCAACAAUUUAUUGAAAGUUAUAAGGUAUCUCUAACUUCUACCAUAAGCGAUUGCGUCAGGCAGGACACAGAGAAAGAAGUUUCGUUUAAUUGUACAUUUAAUUUGGAACCUCAUACUACGAUAAAAAUCAUUCCCACUACCACAAUAAUAGAAGAAAGUGUCGUGAAAGAUCUUGUAGGCGAUAAAGUAAAUUUAUCAUCGUCUUUGGUACUGUAUCUACCACCUACUGUAAUAAGGAAAGAAUUAAAGUUAACAACUGUUAUUCAAUACCGCAGAGUGUUAUCGGUUGGACAGAAUAAAAAUAUAAUUAUCCUCAUAGCAAUCAUUGUGGCCAUUAUAAUAUUGGCGUUAGUCACCUAUAUUCUUUAUAAGAUCGGUUUCUUUAAGAGGGAAACAAAGAGAAAACUUAUAGAAGAGAAAAAAGACGAUGAAAGAAGAAAGAGUUUUAGAAGAUCUACGAUAGGAAGAAAUGAAGAAAACGAUACUCAGGCGGACAAUGAACCGGAAAACUUUGGUAUGGAGGUUGUGGACGAACCUCUACGACCACUAGCUGAUAAUCCAGCUGCCUCAGAUCAAUCUAGUCUCAUUCAAUGUGAAGCUGAAGUUCAUUAA